AUGACCAGAUUUUACAAAAAAGGAAGGGAUAAAAGAGAAUUUCCAGCAUGGUAUUAUCGUGUGGUUGGUAUCACUUUUGACAAAGACCGAGACGUAUAUUCGACGGACUUUGAUAAAGACCUUUCUGACGUGGAAGUGGGCAGCACUUGCAGUGAGGAGGAGGAGGAGGAGGAGGAGGAGGAGGAAGAAGAAGAAGAGAAGGAGUCGUUCGACGGAUCCGAGGCGGAUUAUUAUUACGAAUUGAAAGAGCAACACGAAGAUCGGAAACGCGAAUUGCGGAAAGAAAAGAGAAAGGCAUACGUUUUCAAUAAAAGUAAAGAAGUGGAAGUCCAGAGUGAAUACGAUGCCCUGAAGUUGGACAAGGAAAGUCCAGUGGAUUUACGUCUUUUUGACCUAAAGAUCAGCAACCUUUUUCGUAUAUACUCCACUGAUUGGGUCCAACACUGCUUCUCUUCUUCGAAUCACGCGUCUCCAUAUGUUGAAUUCUUUGAACUGGACGAUAACCACUCCCGGCCGUUGUCAGAGCCAGGAACACGGCAGAUUGAAGACCAGCUAUACAUCCAUGGGAGUCUGGACUGUCGUUUCAAGCCAUUCUGUCCUCCCCAACAUUCAAGUCUUGAGGAAAUCGAGUUGCAGAGUGAGGAUGACAAGUAUGAAAUCACAGUCCAAUUCUUCAGUCAUGAUUAUAUCAGGUUGAAAGUCAGUCAGGGAUUCUUUUUCGAGAAAACACUUCGAUCUACAGGAGCUCCCGACUUUCUCGAAUUUGUUGGCAUCCGCCUCAAUAGAGAAAAGGAACGGUUGGAGAGAGAAAAACAAGCAAAGAAGCGAAAGCGAUCACCGUCACCUCGUGACUCUUGGUUUGAAAGGACGCAUUCGAUGGGGUCGGGAUUCUGA